AUGGAAGAAGACUUGGACUUUGACGAUGAGAACGGUCAGGCAGCCUUCCCCGUCCAUGAGGGGCAAGUAAAAAUCAAGCUGUCAAAUGAUAUGAAGCGGCACAUUCGAGGUCCUUGGUCUAAGGCUAUCAUUGUGAAGUUAGUUGGGAGAACAAUGGGACUUAGCUAUAUGAAAAGCAAGUUGUCUCAGCUAUGGAGGCCUGAAGGGAGGAUGGAUUGCAUCGACCUUAGUUAUGGCUUCUUCUUAGUCAGAUUCUACUCCAAGGAAGACCUAGAGAGGGUGAUUAAAAGGGGCCCGUGGUUCAUAGGUGACCACUUUCUAUCCUUGAGGCCGUGGGAGCCAUUUUUCAAGCCAUCGACGGCAAAUGUUUCACUUAUCGUUGUUUGGAUCAGACUCAAUGAGCUUCCUAUUGAGUUAUAUGAAACUGAAGUGCUCAAAGAAAUUGGUGAAUCCAUUGUCAAGGUGCUUAGGAUUGACUCUCAUACAGCCAUGGAGGCGCGUGGCCGAUACGUUAGAUUAUGCGUCCAGGUUGACAUCAACAGGCCGCUUGUCAAUAGCUUGCUUAUCGGCCGGUUUGAGCAGGUGGUUACUUACGAGGGAAUCCAUAAAUUGUGUUUUUCUUGUGGAAGAAUUGGGCACAAGGUUGAAGCUUGCCCAUACACUAUUCGCAAGGAGAAGGAAUCGCAAACUCAGGCAAAGGAGGUUCUAGUGAGCCAAACCAACGUUGAAGAUGACGAAAACUUUGAACUCUGGAAAGUGAACGACGGUGUCACACACAAUGCGUGUGAGGCGACGAACGGUGAGGGGCAAUAUGGUCCGUGGAUGAUUGUGAGCAGGAGACGUAACGGACAAAAAGGAGUAAGGACAAGUUAG